AUGCCCCUCGCCGAUCUCCCCUCCACUGCUGACUAUGUCAUAGUCGGUGGUGGCACUGCUGGGCUGGUUGUCGCCGCCCGCCUUUCCGAGGAUUCCGAUGUGAAAGUGGUGGUCCUGGAAAGCGGCCCCGACCGUACCAACGAUCAACAAGUGCAAAACCCUGAUGCCUGGCUUGAACUGGGUGGUUCAGAGCUCGAUUGGAAGGUGAAGAUCAAACCACAGGUAGCCCUAAAUGAUCGCGAACUUGACCACCCGGCAGGUAAGGUUCUGGGUGGAUCUUCCGCCAUCAAUGGUAUGGCAUUCGUCGCCCCAUCACCAGCGGGUAUUGACGCCUGGGCAAAACUGGGUAAUACAACCUGGACCUGGGAAUCGCUGCUGCCCUACCUGCAAAAGAGCUAUACUGUGACGGCACCCGAGCUGUACCCCGACCUGAAUGAAACUCAACGCAUCCCUUCAGCUGGUCCAAUACAAUUGAGCUACCCUGCGGUUGCUGAUCAAGGUAGCCAGCCCCUACUCGAUGUGUGGAAGGAAGCAUUGUAUGCGCAGGGAUACGACUUCAAUGCGGACAUUCUCGCAGAGAAGACGCUCGGUUCUCGUGCGUAUGCCGCGACAAUUGAUCCAGUAUCAGGCUUGCGCAGCGGUGCUGAUCGUGGGUAUGGCGCUAUCGCUUCUGCUCGCCCAAAUGUGAGCAUUGUUACAGAUGCGACUGUGCGCCGGAUCUUAUUUGAUUCAAACACCCUCAAUGUGACCGCCACGGGAGUCGAGGUCAUAUACAACGGCCAAGUUAUUACAACUAAAGCAUCCAAAGAGAUCAUUCUGGCAGCGGGCGCUUUCCAUACACCCAAACUACUCGAGCUCUCUGGAGUCGGCCAGAAAGACCGGCUCAGUAGCUUUGGGAUUUCCGUGGUCAUUGAUCAGCCAGGGGUGGGCGAGAAUCUGCAGAAUCACCUCAUGCGACCAGUACUCGCUCCCCUGAAGCCUCAUCCAGGCCUGAAGGAUGUUUCUACAGGAAUAAAAUGCUAUGCAAUGGUGAACCUUGAUCCCGAAGAGCAGAGCAAGCUUGUGUCGGCCCACUCCGCCGAUUUCAACGACCGUAUUAACCAGGAGAUCCGCUGUAUUAUUCAGAAUCCCAGCGAGGCUACGGCUUCCGUGAUUCUGGGAGUUCUGGCCCCCACUAUGGGCCUACUGGGCGUAAUCAUAAGUUUCCCUCUCUCCCGUGGAAGUUCGCAUAUCUCGUCGACCGACCUCGAUGCAUUGCCCACCGUUGACGCGGGCUUUGGGACCAAAGAACUGGACCUAGAAAUACUGGCUCGCCACGUCCGCAAUAUUCACGAGCUGAUCAACUCACCGUCUCUAAGUCCCUUCUUCCAAGAGCGCACUGCAGAUACAGAUAUCGAAUCCAUCAAGACCGAUCUACGAGAAACUGCUUUACCGACAAACCAUGCGUGCGGAACGGCUGCUAUGCUCCCUCGUGACGCUGGAGGUGUAGUUGAUCAGGACUUGAAGGUCUAUGGCACGGAGAAUUUGCGCGUGGUUGAUGCUAGUAUAUUCCCCUUAAUUCCUCAUGCGAAUCCCCUGGCGACGGUAUAUGCAGUUGCUGAGCGCGCAGCGGAUUUGAUUCGGGGGAAAACAGUCUAA